CAUUUUGCCAUCCCUAUCCCUACAGAGAUUGAGGAUGGGAAUGGAUUUUCGUGAAAUAAAUAAAUUUGAUUGGCGUUUUCAACUGAACAACAAUAAUAAUUUAAUUGAUUAUAGUGCUGUGAAUACAUACAAUAGUUCCGAUGUGGCAUUGGACAAGCAGGAGGAUCAACAUCACAGAUUGCGGCACAGACAAAGCGACGAAGCAGCAACAGCAACAACGACAACAACAACAAUGGGAACGAAACAAAAACAGGCAGCCUCAGCAGCCUUAGGGGAAGAGGAUGAUGGCAGAGGCGGUGCCGGAGGGCAGAAGGCAGAGGCGGCAGGUGCUGCCUGCGCGACUAUGGAAGCUGAAGCCGAAGGCGGUGCUAUUGCUGCCGCUGCUGCUGCUGAUAAGAUUGGAUGGCCUGCUGGUCUCCCCUACUUCGAUUUGGAUAGGGACGGGUAUGGCCUGGCAGCGGCUGCCGCUGCUCUUACACCCACUGACAUUGAAGAAGCAUUGGCCGGAGCAGGCGUAGGCGGUGGCGGUUUGAGUUCCAGUCGAACAUCACUCAACAACUCCACAGAGAAUCUUAGCUAUGCCAGUGACAAUUACUAUGGCGAUGAUCUCAUCCUGCUCGACGAUGAUGACGAUGUGGAGGCGGAGGAAAUAUCCCUUAACUCGGAUGACUGUGUUUACGCCUACAGAGGAGAUCGUGGCGAUUUCGAUAUAUCACUGGAGGGGGCUCUACCAUCGAGAGGAGGCAUUGGCAUGGGCAUGAGGAGCGGCAUGGCUAGUGGUCCUGGCAUAGGUGGCAAUGGUCGCCAUCAUUUGGAUGUGAUUAUAGGCAGGGAUGAUGAAACGGAAUUUCUAGAAAUGGAUUUCGAACCGGAUCCCUCCUCCGAGUUGGAGCUAGAUGGAGGCAUGGCUGCCAUGCCACAAGCAAAUCUCCUUCUCAUGCAAAGAGACUUCAGUCAAAUGAGUGAAAGCCGGCAGCUAUAUAGCUCACCCAUCGACGAUUAUCCUCCGCAAGAAGAUGUUCUGCAGCAGCAGAAGCAAAGAUUAAGUAAAAAAUUUGCACGCAUUAGUCUGAAUUUGGAUCAAAUCAAGGAUCAUACUGGUGUGGACUUGGAUCUGGACAUGGAAUUACGCAGUGGUGCCAAUGUCGAUGGAGUUGGAUUACCAGAAGAACGGCAUGAAGAGCUGGUUCCCGAAUCUCUGACACAGACAGCGCAUUCGUUGCCCUCUAGUUUUAGUCGGAGCACAUCAGUGCCCCCCAAUGAUACAGAACCGAAGUUAACCGGCGCCAAACCCAAACGUCUCAUGUCCAAGAGCUCCAGUUCGUCUUCGAAACCAAGACGGAGCCAGAAUUCCUCUAGUUUCGAUGAGCGUUGCUUUAGUUGCACAGAUUUUCGAUUGGGUAGCAAUCUACAGGCGGCGGCAUCUUCUGCAUCAUCCACACAGCAGCUGGAUCCUACGGUUGCUCCCAUGCUAGUGGCUGCCGCUGCCGUUGUCGCCAUGGCCUCAUCCAAUUCGAAUCACUCCUCCUCGUCUAUGGCCCAGUUUGACUUAACCAAUGAACAGGAGACCACCUGUCUGGAUUGUCUUGAAAAAGAAUUUUUGGCCAAUACGAUUGGCAAAGCAUUGGAUCUAACUAGCUGUGCAAAAUGUCGUCGUCGUGGUCAUGCCCACAAGGGUAGCAGUCUCUCUCUAUAUAAUCAAACACCACGAUGUCGCAGUGGAUCACCUGUUUUCUUUGAUGAAUUAAGCGGUGGAAUCUAUACGAUUUGGCCAACAGCCCAAGCACAGGUCCCACCACCAUCUUUGCCACCACCGGCAGCUGCUCCCACCUAUAACCAAAGGUUUAUUUCGUGUGAUAAUAAUUUUGGCGGUCUGCCGCUGCUCAAGCCAAGCUUCUCGACUGAACCGCCAUCUGCAUCAUUGAUGGUGGUUUCGGCACGUCUAUCUACAUCGUCAUCACAAUUAUGCGAUGAGGAACAUCUGGUGCAGGCACUGGACAAACUUCACAUUUCCUAUGAUAAAACCCUGCUCCAUUUGUAUUAUGAGCGUGCCGAGCGAGACACCCAGACCGUGGCCAGUAUUAGGCCAUCAUCAUUUGACGGAAAUCUCAAAGAGUUGUUGUUGCAUGUCUCCAAACAGCAAUGCAAUCAUCGCAAGCUCAAAAAACUGAUCGAAUUAGUUACACAGCAGCAGCUAAAUGUGCAAUUCAAAAGGACUAAUGAAAGUAAGCCGGCUUUUGUGCCCGUUAAGGUAUCGGAUAUACUGGAGGCUUGGUCACGACAUCGAGAUCUCUCUGUGCUGCGGCAAUUGGAUAAUCGUUUCCAUCAAGCCAAUGUUAUGGGGAAAAUUGGUCAUAUUGUGCGUCAAGCAGCGAAGGGGUCAGCAACUGUAACAUCAUCGUCAUCCACGGCGGCUUCUUCAUCCUCGACUGCAACGGUGCGGCGAGCUUUACCCGAGUUUAUCAUGAUACCGCAGUAUUAUGCCUGUGGAGAAUUAACAUUGACACGUAAAUGUUAGAAACAGACACAUCCAUUUAAACACACUCACUCACAUCCAUUUACACACACCGGCCA